AUGCGGAGGGCAGCUGUCGCCUUCGCGCGCGCGACGUCGGGGGCGAAGCAGUUCCCAGCGCGGCGAUCCCUUGUGGGUUAUCGUCGUGGUAACGGUGCGGGUCACCCACGAGCCACCUGCUGGCGGACCGCCCCCGAGCCCGUCCUCAGCCGCUCCGCCGCAGUCCCACCCACAGCCAUGCCUGGCAGGGCCAAAGCCUCGCCCGUCUGCGGCCCCGACCAGCCGCAGGACUUGGAGGGCAGCCGUGGGGCUAAAGCCGGCGCCGUCCAGGAAGAGCCUGAGGGGGGAGGAGAAGGAGGAGGCCCUGCUGCUGCUGCUGCCGACUGCGAACGUAGCCCCAAUGUGGGGGAUCCGGAGAUUGUCAAGUCCCCCAGUGAUCCCAAACAGUACAGAUACAUCAAGCUUCAAAAUGGCUUAUGUGCUCUGCUGAUUUCGGAUUUGAAUAACCCAGAUGGUAGCCCUCGUGCGGCAUCUUCAGAUGGAGAAGAGGAGGAGGAUUCUGAGGAAUGCACUGAUGAGGAUGAUGAUUCUGGAGCAGAAAUAGAAGAUGAUCAGGAAGGGUAUGAUGACGAUGGUGGUGAAUAUGAUGAUGAUCUUGAUGACUCUAACAGUGAUUUGGAAGAGCUAACAGAUAAAGAGGAGACCAGGAAGAGAAACUGUACAGAAAAGCAGUCUGCAGCUGCACUUUGUGUUGGCAUUGGCAGUUUUUGUGACCCUGAAGAUCUGCCUGGGUUGGCACAUUUUCUGGAACAUAUGGUUUUUAUGGGCAGCUCAAAAUACCCAGAUGAGAAUGGGUUUGAUGCAUUUCUGAAGAAGCAUGGGGGCAGUGAUAAUGCCUCAACAGACUGUGAGCGGACUGUCUUUCAGUUUGAUGUGCAGAGGAAGUAUUUCAAAGAAGCUCUUGACAGGUGGGCACAAUUUUUCAUUCACCCUUUAAUGAUCCAAGAUGCAAUUGACCGGGAAGUUGAAGCUGUGGACAGUGAAUAUCAGCUUGCAAGGCCCUCUGAUACAAACCGAAGAGAAAUGUUGUUUGGAAGUCUUGCCAAGACUGGCCAUCCUAUGAAGAAAUUCUUCUGGGGUAAUGCAGACACUCUCAAACAUAUGCCUAAACAAAAUGGCAUUGAUACCUACACCAGGCUGAGGGAAUUCUGGCAGCACUAUUACUCGGCUCACUAUAUGACUUUAGUUGUGCAGUCCAAAGAAACUCUGGAUACUUUGGAAAAAUGGGUGACCGAAAUCUUCUCUGAAAUCCCAAAUAAUGAUUUAUCCAGACCAAUGUUCAGCCACCUGACAGAGCCUUUUGACACACCUGAUUUUCACAAACUUUACAGAGUUGUUCCAGUCAGAAAGACUCACUCUUUGAACAUUACUUGGGCCCUGCCUCCGCAAGAACAGUAUUACAGAGUAAAGCCACUUCAUUAUAUUUCCUGGCUGGCUGGACAUGAAGGCAAAGGCAGUGUUCUUUCAUUUCUUAGAAAAAAAUUCUGGGCACUUGCAUUAUAUGGAGGAAAUGAUGACACAGGAUUUGAGCAGAAUUCCACAUACUCAGUCUUCAGUAUCUGUGUGACUCUGACCGACGAAGGUUACAAACAUUUCUAUGAGGUUGCUCAUGUUGUAUUCCAGUAUUUGAAAAUGUUGCAGAAAACAGGACCGGUUCAAAGAAUAUGGGAAGAGAUCCAGAAGAUUGAAGCCAAUGAAUUUUAUUAUCAAGAACAGACUGAUCCAGUUGAGUACGUGGAAAGCCUUUGUGAAGAUAUGCAGUUGUUUCCAAAAGAGGACAUUCUGACAGGAGAUCAGCUUCUGUUUGAAUACAAGCCAGAGAUAAUUUCUGAGGCUCUUAACCAGCUGUAUCCCCAGCAAGCCAACCUCAUUCUGUUAUCUGCUUCCCAUGAAGGCCAGUGUCAUCUGAAGGAGAAGUGGUUUGGCACACAAUACAGCGUUGAAGAUAUAGAUAAACACUGGAGUGAUAUGUGGGCUAGUGACUUCAUGCUAAAUCCAGACUUGCACUUGCCUGAAGAAAACAGAUAUAUUGCCACAGAUUUUGCUUUGAAGGCCCCAGACUGUCCACAGACAGAAUAUCCAGUCAAAAUACUGAGUACCCAGCAAGGUUGUUUGUGGUACAAGAAGGAUGAUAAAUUCAAAAUUCCUAAAGCUUAUAUCCAUUUCCAUCUAAUCUCGCCACUGAUCCAACAGUCUGCUGAGAAUGUAGUGCUUUUUGAUACGUUUGUGAACAUCUUUGCACACAACCUUGCUGAACCUGCUUAUGAAGCAGAUGUUGCUGAGUUGGAAUACAAGCUGGUAGUAGGAGAGCAUGGAUUGAUCAUUCGUGUGAAAGGAUUCAAUCAUAAGCUACCUCUGCUGUUUCAACUCAUCAUCGACCACUUAGCUGACUUCAGUUUUACCCCAGAGGUUUUUGAGAUGAUAACUGAGCAGCUGAAAAAGACUUACUUCAACAUCCUCAUCAAACCAGAGACACUGGCCAAAGAUAUUCGCCUCUUAAUACUGGAACAUGGCAGGUGGUCUAUGACGGACAAAUACGAGACGCUAAUGAAGGGCCUUUCCAUUGAUUCUCUCUCGUUGUUUGUGAAGGCUUUCAAGUCCCAGCUCUUUGCAGAGGGCCUUGUCCAAGGAAAUUUCACAAGCAGCGAAUCUAAAGAAUUUCUGAAUUAUGUUGUUGAAAAAUUGCAGUUCCUUCCUCAAGUACACCCAUGUCCAGUACAGUUCCAAGUGAUGGACUUGCCAAGUGCUCACCUGCUGUGCAAAGUGAAAACCCUUAACAAAGGAGAUGCAAAUUCAGAAGUGACAGUCUAUUACCAGUCUGGAGCCAGGUGUUUAAGGGAAUAUUCUCUCAUGGAAUUGCUUGUGAUGUACAUGGAAGAACCUUGUUUUGACUUUCUGCGAACCAAGCAAACCUUAGGAUACCAUGUGUAUCCAACUUGCAGAAAUACAUCUGGGAUUCUUGGCUUCUCUGUUACUGUGGCAACACAGGCAACCAAAUACAACACUGAACUAGUGGAUAGGAAGAUAGAAGAAUUUCUUUCAUGCUUUGAGGAAAAACUCAAGCAGUUGACAGAGGAAGCUUUCAAUACACAGGUCACAGCUCUUAUUAAAUUAAAAGAAUGUGAAGAUUCCCAUCUGGGUGAGGAGGUACAUAGGAACUGGGCAGAAGUGAUAACUCAGCAAUAUCUGUUUGACAGACUAGUCCAGGAGAUUGAAGCUCUAAAAUCCCUUUCUCAAUCAGAACUAGUUGAUUGGUUCCAAGUACACAGAAGCAAAGAUAAGAAAGUACUGAGUGUACAUGUGGUUGGAUAUGGAAAACAUGAAGGAGAUACAGACACUUCACCCCCCUCAAAUGUUCACAGUCCCUCAUGCAGUGAAAUACCUCAGCUUACUUUCUUGGAUUCUUCUUCUUUGACUGAUGUCACUUGUAUCAAGGACAUCAGAAUGUACACAUCAUCUCUCAAUGUUCUUCCAUACCAUAAGAUAUUAAAGUAACUUCUCAGACUGCCAAAGUAGGUGUAGUACAGCUUCGCUUCACUACAGCAUACUUGGAGUGGUUCAGCAAAACACUUUUAAAAAAACUAACUACUGCCUUAAGUGAUGUUGAUCUGGGUUUGUUUUAC